AUGGCGGCGCCCAUGUUGCGGUGCUUUUCUCGGGGCCGGAGGUCUGGUCCCCCUAGCCUCUCGGGUUUCUUGCCCCUGGAGCUGCGCAGGGCCCACUCAGGCGCUCAGGUCCUGGCGGCGCAGAAAGCUAGGGGUCUGUUCAAGGACUUCUUCCCGGAGAGGGGUACGAAAGUAGAGCUCCCAGAGCUCUUCGACCGUGGUUCGGCGGGCUACACUCCCCAGACCAUUUACUGCGGCUUUGACCCCACGGAGGACUCGCUUCACGUGGGGCACUUGUUGGCGCUGCAGGGCCUGUUCCACUUCCAGCGAGCCGGCCAUAAUGUGAUCGCGCUCGUGGGGGGUGCCACAGCGCGCCUGGGAGACCCGAGCGGCCGCACCAAGGAGCGCGAAGCACUGGACGCGGGGCGCGUGCGGGCCAACGCGCGUGCGCUGCACCGGGGGCUCGAGUCCCUGGCGGCCAACCACCAGCAGCUGUUCGCCGACGGGCGGGCCUGGGGCAGCUUCACCGUGCUGGACAACUCGGCGUGGUACCAGCAGCAGCACCUGGUGGACUUCCUGGCGGCCGUGGGUGGCCACUUCCGCAUGGGCACGCUGCUGAGCCGCCUGAGCGUGCAGACGCGGCUCAAGAGCGCAGAGGGCAUGAGCCUGGCAGAGUUCUUUUACCAGGUGCUCCAGGCUUACGACUUCUAUCACCUGUUCCAGCAUUAUAGGUGCCGGGUCCAGCUGGGCGGGUCUGAUCAGCUGGGCAACAUCAUGUCUGGAUAUGAGUUCAUCCACAAGCUGACUGGAGAAGACGUUUUUGGAAUCACUGUCCCUCUAAUUACAAGUACAACUGGAGCAAAGCUGGGAAAGUCGGCGGGCAAUGCUGUAUGGCUAAACAGAGACAGAACGUCUCCAUUUGAAUUGUAUCAAUUCUUUGUCAGACAGCAAGAUGAUUCUGUGGAAAG